GGUGUCUAUCCUGCGUUAAAUAUUAAGCGUGUUCUAAAGGAAGUAUUUAGUAAAGAAAUAAGUAUUUUAGAGACUUCCUAUGCGUUAGCUUACAGGAUUAAGAUAGGCCUGCCAGUAAUUACUUCCCGUGGAACCUUACCGUGCAUAUUUACAAACUACGUCGGCUUAGGCACCCGGCCCGAAGAUUAUAGUAAGUUUUUUAUAAAAGCCAGGUUAACUUAG